GUUUAUUGAUCGUUUUUGCAUUUCAAGUUCUGUGAUUUACUACCCGACUUGCUAUCACUCACAUCUACACCAACAACAACAACUAACAUGGCGGCUAAGAACCCUGAUUCCCUCAUCGGCCAGGGGCCCUUCCACGCUCGCGUCAACCCAGCUCACCCUGCAGUAAACAAGUGGCACAAGCCAGGUAAUGAGCAGGGCAACGAUGCCGCACCAGAGUACCACGCCGAGACCUUCCCACCAGGAACUGCACCCGCCGAGGAUACGUUCUACCCGAACCCCGAGAGCAACUAUACAACUGAGGCCUUAAACAUGCCUGCUCUAGACAUGCCGGGCUCAACAUCAAAAGACAUAUACAAUUCCAUUGACACUGUUCACGGCAGACCACUGAUCGGUCAAGAGAACCGUGAAAUCAGAGGAGUCCAUCCGAGAAAGAGAAAGAAGGAGCGCAGUGGUCUGGAGGGCGUCGGUACCAGCACAGCAUACUCUGUGUUUGACAAGGUUAGGGACACGGUUGCUGAUAAGCCCAACGUCGAAAAGGGCCAGAGGGGAUAUUCCGGGAGACGAGAGGGCGGGUUGGCUGCUGAUGGAGCGGAGUCUCUGCCGCCUGUCAAGGCAGAUGAACGGGCUGUCCGAGAAGGUCCUCAUAAGACCACUGCUUGAUGUUAGGCCGGUAGUACUAGCACGUAAUAAGAUGCUUUCUUUGUGCAUUCUGUCCCAAUUGAGUUAUCUCGCUAGUUUAGCGUACGUAGCUAGCAACACCUCC